UAUAAUUGUUUUGCUUUCGUUUUUGACACGUGUAAACAAAGAAUAUGUUUUUUCACUUAUUUCUACAUUAGAUCGGUUUUAUUCAGAUAUGUUUAAUUUUAAAUGAUCCAAAAUAAUCUGCUCUACUUUUCGCAAUGUUGGCGCCUGUUUUAAAAUCGAAAGGUGACAAUAUAGAACGUUCCGUGUCCUACACGAAGAUAAGAUUUUGUCAACAUGGCGACCUAUGAUUUGAGAAGUCGUAAGCUGCAGCAGCAGAAUACAGAUAGAGCGGACAUGAAAGAAAGUAGUUCUAACAAAACAGAUACGUCGAAAUUAUCAUUUGCCGACGAGGAAGACAAACCCAUGAUGUCAAAAUCUGCUGACAUAAAGAUAUUUGGACGGUCGUUCAAUUCGACUAUAGUAGCAACACAUGUGAACAUUUUCCUAUAUGCAACAUGUUUUUGGAUCCAGACUGGAGCACUGCCUUACCUGACCAAGAAGCUGGGAGUGGACAUGGUGGUGUUUGGUUACCUCCAGACGACCUUUGCCAUUGUCCAGCUCGCAGGCGGUCCAUUGUUCGGACGAUUCGGUGACCUGUUUGGAGGAAGAGCUGCCAUGAUGCUGGCAUUUGCCUCAGCUUCUGCAACAUACCUCUUCCUUGGUCUUGCUGACAGCUUUCCUCUACUGUUCAUAUCACGUCUCCCAUCAGUGUUUAUGCAUGCAAUGCAAGCUGGUCAGAUGAUCGUGACAGACAUUGGAGACAAACAACAGCGAGCAGGGUCGCUAGGCAUGCUGGGAUUGUCGUACGGACUCGGAAUGGUAGUGGGCCCAUUCAUUGGGGGACUGAUAUCAAAAUACUCUAGUGAGCAGACGGCUGCGUUUGCAGCCUUUACAGGAUCUGUUCUCUCUAUAUUGGUCGCCUACUUCUUUAUACCCAAGACAACCAAGAAAGUAACAGUAACCAGCACAAUUGAAGAAAAAUCGUCAUCUGUUUUUGACUUCAAAAAGAUUGCAAAAUUGGUAAUGGCUCCAGGUGCGCUCUUUCUGUUGACCAUCCGAGCCGCAGCAGGUAUACCCAUCGGUGUAUUCCAGAGCAUGUUUUCUGUGGUUGCCUUGGAGACAUUUAAAUUGCCACCAGAACAAAAUGGCUACAUUCUUUCUUAUAUUGGAGUUUUAACCAUGAUUGUACAAGGUCUAGGUGUAUCUAUACUGACAAAGAAAUACUCGGAAACCUCCAUUUUAAAAUGGUCCUCAUUUUCCCUCAUAUUCUCCUACUUGGCCUUGGCCUUUGUCACCGAUGUCCAACAACUUUGUAUAGUGAUAGCGCCGUUAGUAAUGGGACUUGCCUCCUCCAAUAUCGUCAUCAGCUCAGCUCUCAAAUGAACAGUGUCCGAACUUGACACAGGUGCGAUGCUGGGACUAAACAUGGCCGUCAACUCACUGAUACGCUCGCUGUCCCCCACAGUAGGCGGGAUGCUCCUCAAAUACUAU